AUGGCCUUAGCAGAUCUUAUUGAGUGCACUAUUGAUUUUGAAGGUCAAAAACAAACAGAUAAAUUAACACAUUACUUGUUGAUUGCAACGGGUAUAGCAAGCUUUAUCUUGGGUUAUUCAGCACAGUCUUUACAGUUAUUACUUGUUGUCUUUAUAAUUGGAUUUAUACUGACUGCUCUUAUGGUUAUUCCCCCUUGGCCAAUGUACAACAAACAUCCUCAACCUUUUAUUUUAAGCGAGAAAAAAGAUUAA